AGUCUUCAGAGUUCAGUCAGACGUGGCCCGCGGCAGUCUAAACUCGAACGUUUGCCGCGUACGACGUGCCAGUGAUUUAAAAAAUACAACUGUCAUUAAAAACUCCCGCGUUUUGUAAACGUCAGUUAGCAGUUUCUUUAAUUUUUAUUUUACAUUCAUACGAUUUUAUGUAUUGUUAUUACUUUUAAAAGUGUAAAUUAUUGGUGUUCUACAAAAAUAAAGUUGAGGGUAUUGUUUUAUUGGUACAGCUGAACAGACGAAAUUUUAAAUCAAGUUGACCAAGCUUCAGCGUCUGGCAGCCCAAAACGUGUGUUUCAAUUAAUAGUACAAUAUAAAAUGCGCGCCAACUGAUCUGUCAACAUUUCAAAAUGGCGGCGCCGGCCGUUGUGGUCGAGCGUGCUUACAAGUUCUACGGUCGGAAGGGUAAGGCCGACUACAAACCAGUGCUGGAACACUUGGACAUGACCGUUGAUAAGGGCAUUAUAUAUGGGCUUCUCGGUGCAUCUGGCUGCGGAAAGACUACACUACUCUCAUGUAUUGUGGGAAGACGGAAAUUGGACGGCGGCAACAUUUGGGUUCUUGGGGGUAAACCUGGAGAAAAGAACAGCGGUGUUCCUGGACCCAGGGUUGGGUAUAUGCCCCAGGACAUAGCCUUAGUAGCCGAAUUCACAGUUCGCGAUGCACUUUAUUACUUUGGAAGAAUAUACGGCAUGAAGACCGCGAAGCUCGAUGAGCGGUUCGAGUUUCUGUUGAACCUUCUGGAUCUGCCCAGCGGUAGUCGCCAGAUCAAGACGUUGUCUGGUGGGCAGCAACGAAGAGUGUCAUUAGCUGCUGCAUUUGUCCACGAACCUGAGCUACUUAUAUUGGACGAGCCCACUGUUGGACUGGAUCCCGUAUUACGAGAAAGGAUAUGGGAUUUCCUAGGCGAACUUGCACGAGCGGGCACCUCUGUAAUCAUCACGACGCAUUAUAUCGAUGAAACGAAACAGGCUAACAAGAUCGCUUUACUGCGAGACGGUCAACUGUUAGCUGAAGAUUCUCCCAACGAAAUACUGAGAAAAUUCGACUGUGAUACCUUAGAAGAUGCUUUCUUGAAAAUGGCGCUGCGACAGAACGAGAGAAUUUCUAGAGGAAUCAGAAGAAGAUCUACGCUUACUACUUCUCCUGAUGUGAUACCAGAAACUGUUAACGAAAGAAGAUUUGACUCGGCGGAAGAUUUCAACGCCGUCACCAGCAGUCGAGACAUUUUAACCGAAAAGGAAUCCCCGCAAACUCUUAAGAGCAAACCAAAGAAUCGCUAUAAGGCCGUAUUUAUUAAAAGCAUACAACAGUUCUCCAGGCAACCGAGUGGUUUAAUAUUCUCGGUAUUAUUUCCAAUAAUACAGUGUGUGGCGUUCUUCACUGCAGUCGGUCAUGAUCCAAGUGAUUUAAAUCUAGCUGUUGUUAACGACGAAAUAUCUGGAAUUCCAAAUGGCAUACAGAUGUGUAUGAACAAUAGUUUAUCAAGCGUAACGAUAAAUGAAGAUCUGACUUGCGACUACCACAUGCUGAGUUGUUGGUUCCUCAACGAAAUGGAAAAACGGAACCUAUUUAUUAAAUAUUACAAUACAACAGAGGCAGCUAAGUCCGCUGUAGCUACCAGAACGAUAUACGGAGCAUUAUAUUUUCCUCGCAACUUCAGCACAGCCCUUGGACAAAGGGCCACCGACGGUUACGUGGAAGAUGAUGUCGUUGAUGACAGUACUAUUAGCAUCUGGCUGGAUAUGACUGACUAUCAGAUAUCAAACUUUCUCAAACGCGAAAUCCUCAAAUCGUACGAGUACUUCACCAAGCGGGCUAUGAAGGCGUGCGACAGGAACGAAGAUCUUGUGCAGAUUCCAGUCAGAUUCGAGGAACCAAUCUACGGCAGAAAGGAUGUAGAAAUGGUCUCAUACAUGGCGCCGGGGAUUAUGGUCACUAUCCUGUACUUCUUACCAGCCAUAGUAACCUCCACUUUGAUGAUAUCUGACCGGCUGGAAGGAAUCUGGGAGCGAAGUGCCGUGGCCGGAGUUCAGCCCAAGGAGAUGCUGGAAGUCCACAUCGUGCUGCAAUCUGCAGUUAUAUUACUACAGACUGUAGAGAUAAUGGCGCUAGCGUUUAUGGGAUACAGUCUCCCGUUCAAAGGAUCCGUAAUAACCUGCGGGGUCCUCCUGUUCCUUCAAGGAGUGGGAGGAAUGUGCUACGGGUUCCUGUUGUCUGUUAUGUGCGGCAGUUACACGGUGGCAUUCUUUGUGGCGACUGGCAGCUUCUAUCCCAUGAUCCUGUUGUGUGGUAUUCUGUGGCCAUUAGAAGCAAUGCCAAGUGGUUUGCGAACCGUUGCCUUGGCGCUGCCCUUCACAGUGCCAUCAAAAACUCUUCGAGACCUGAUGGAGAAGGGAUCCGGCAUAACCGACGCCACGGUAUACAACGGAUUCAUCAUAACCAUAGCGUGGAUAGCAGUAUUGUUAUCGUUGUGUUUUAUAGUGCUUAAAUUUAAAAAAUCGUAAAGGUUUCCCGGUCUAUGCGAAACGAUCGCGAAUACAGAGCGAAACGAACGCGUAUUCGUUGUUUUAUCUGGAAAGAUAUGCAGUAUACAUUGAACAUAGAAAAUGACGUAAGCCAAUUUUUUAUUCGUGACAUAGGGCACUUAUAGCUACUGACCUACCUGGAAAUAAGCGGCAUUGCUUUAUCACGUUUCACAAAACGACACAAGACGUAGCGUACUUCGAUAGGACUACGUGAAUAUGUAUAUGCAGUACCAUAGAAUAAUGAUGGCGCUGCAUUUACGUUUAGAUUUGGUUGCCGGUCAAAUUACAGGCUUUCCAUAUUCCAGUCUGUUUAGGUUGACGCAGGGUGAUGUGGUUGAGAUCUAAGGCUGAGAUCUACAGAUAUAUAGAUCGUACUUAGACUUUGCUCAGACUUUACUUGCGUAAAACUUUGCUAAGUGUCAUAAAACGGGAACUUGAUUUGUGCAUUUGGCUGUCUUAGCUUAGCUCGGUAUAAUUUCAGCUGUCAAUGACUAUAAAAUCGAAAUCAAUGAUUAUGCUAAGCUUACAUUCAGCUAAGUUUUACGCAAGUACAGUCUGAGCAAAGUUUAAGUACCUAAGCUCUAUAGAUCUCAGCCAAAUAGUUAGUUUAGGUGACUCAAUCUUGACGUCCCAGAAAGUUAGCAGCAUUUUCCAACUGCUGAAGACUUCCGGGAGGGAUGUUGGUGAUUCUUGAUCAGAGUCAUAGUGCGGUACGUCUUAGGUCGUUUUAUAGCUCCGUAACGCGCUGUAACGUAGUUGAUGUCACUUAUCUAGCUAGUAGCUGAGACGCAUCGGGUGGGUCAUCUGCUCAGUAACUUAUCUCGUUAAAAAUACAUCUGUUGUUUUUCAGUGUAUUCUGCAGUAGUCAUAGAUAUUGUACUGUGACAAAGUAUAAAAACUGUCUGCUAUGUAUAAUUUAACGUUAUUUGUACAUGACAUUUUAGAUACAUGUUUCGCACAUAUUUCGCUCCGCGUUCGCAUUGAAUUCGCCUACGCUCUUACGUAUUCGUGUAAAGAUGUAUUUUAUUUAAUUUUAGCCUCGAGCAAACGAAUAAGAUUUUCAAACGUUAAUGCUGAAAUUUAUGUGCUUUCUUUUGAGCAUAAAACUUCGUUCCGAAAAUAUAAUUUUGCCGGACGCAAAAUAUAUUUUGGAAUUGUUUCUAAUUUUUAUUGCUACAGUAGUUAAAUAAGUACUUUAGUUAUCAAAUAACUAAUGUUAUGGAAAAUAUGAAAAAAUAUUGUAUUUUAAGGGUUUUUACCUAGAUACUAAAAUAAAGUAAAGAAUAAUAAUGUAGGUAUAAUAUAGUUGGCUGCAUUAGAUAUAACUUCAACGUGUUCACGGAACGAUUAUAGAUGUGAAACUUUUGUUCAUCUUACACUCACAAUACGUCAGUCAAUUUGUUUUAGUGUGAGUGCAUUGCUGAAAAUAAAGGCUAACAGUUCGCCGCUAUUUUCUUCGUCGUGAUCACAGCUGUCACAGUGUAAAAUUAUCAAAGGCUUUUUUGAGCCGAUUUUGUGUUGCUUCGAUUUUGUUAAAUGUCUAUUAAUCAGAUAUCGCAAAAGAAUUCGCGGUUGAUCAACUAAAAUCACGUCUUGUGAACCCGUUGUUAGUAACGAAGUAUCAAUACGGGUAAUCCCCAUCAUACUUAAAAGUUAAAAAGGAUUUUAUGUACAAUUUGGCAUUUAUACAUAAUAUAUAGUUUUAUUGACUCUGACACACCGAGAGCGGCGCGUUUUUAAUUUCCAACAGAUCGUGAAUAAUUUUCAAGGGAAUCUAUUAACAGAUUUACAGAGAAAUAAUUUUAGACUUGGAGUAAAUUACCAACACUGCCUUUAUUAAUAAUACAGUAUGGGUUUAUAAUAAUACGGACUGCACUGCAUUGUGGAGGCGGGCAUGACUAAAAUGCGUAAUUUCUAAUAUUACUUUUAACAGCAUAAGAACUUAAUGUUUUAUUGUGUAGUUGUACCAUUCAGUUAUUUUUAUUUUCAAAUUUUUAUAUAUUAUCAUAUCGUAGUGGACAGCUUAAAUUAUGUAUUUGAUAUCUGUGGAAAUUUGGUUGGUUUUAGAACUAUUUAUAUAUCAUUUGUAGUGUAAUUACUGUAGUUAAUCGUACUGUUUGUUUCCCUUAAAAAAUUGGUUUCUACGAAUUUUCUUCGUAAUAAAAUGGAUCCGAAUGAUAAACAGACACUAAGCAUAUAUUUGUCUAAAUCCUUUGACAAAGUAAGUUCACUACAAUAAAUAUACAGAUACCUGACAUAUUAUAAUGCAAUUGUUAAUUUAUCGCUAAGCCGUUUUCGGUGUGAGCAAGCCUUGUGAGAGCGAUAUAAACUCUCUGGACCGCUGUAAGUAGCUUAAGUAUAAGUUUAAGUAAUCAAAUAUACUACAAUGUGUUAAAUUUUUCACAUGUCAAAAUAUGUGGGUAAAUGAAAUAUUAAUUUUAACGUUUUUAUGAAGUAAAGCAACAGUGCGAGUCAUUCAGCUGGUUGGUAACUAGUUGUUAUUCUCAUCAGAAGACAUAUUAUUAUUAUUCUUGCAAGAUGUAACUCUAUACUUAUAAUAAGGUCAACGAGACGAUAUUAAGAAUGUAAACAAACGGAAUGUUACUGAGUUACAUUGCGACAGCGAGCGAUUAUUUUCCCUGUCCAUAUCACUCGUUCGCAGAAAUGGCGUCAGUUGGUCGAUGACAGCUGUCAUUGCGUGCAUCGUGGUACAGGAAAGCAGUCCAGUACCGAAGUUGUCAAUAUUUGGUCCGCCAUUUUGUGGAUAAGUUCAUUGCUGUUUGAAUUGCGUUCGAUGUUAUACUUAUUUUUUCGUUUCCGUAUUUACUUUUUUUUGUUACUGUUGCUUUUCUUCUUAAUUUUUGUUAUAUAAGUAGUUGUUGAUCUUAAGAAUGUAAUUGUGAUUCUGGCAGAUCUAGACAAGCUUAAGUAAAUAUUAAAAGAUAAAAAUGUUUUGAACCCCUGAAACAUUUGAAAAAACCUUUGUUUACAUUUUUUGUCUCGUCUCGUUCUUACUAUAGUUACAUUCAUACUUAUAACACGGACGAGUAAAAUAAGAACGACUCCGCGCCGUGAUAUUAACAAGUGAAGCACCUUUAUGCUAGUGUGUGUGCGGUUACGGGGGAUACUAGUUACACAAUUUUUUCCCCCUUAAACAAUCAUAUAUGGCCACAAAAACUUUUAUAUAUAUUAUAUUAUUUUUACAUUUUUUCACAACGCACAACGGCAUUUUUUAAAUAUUUUAUUGCGACGCAAGCUGAUCUGUCAUAGACGAUGGCAAAUCUUAUAAUGGCGGCCGGUCGGCUUGUAAUAGUGUAAGUGUGUGCGUGGGGCUAUGUAUUUACACGUUAACCGGCUUGUUUAGGUGCUUUACUGUUAUGUAAGGUGACACGGAGCCCAUCUUUUUUUACUCGUCCGUGACUUAUAAUAAUAAGUUACCUACAUGGAUAUAAUAACGUAACUAACGUAUCUAAUAUUUUCAUUAGAACCAAUGAAUUGGACCAGUGUUGGACCAAGUUGGAACGUUGCUCAAAUAGAAUAGCUUGUAGGUAAAUUGGUGACAAUAAGUUUAACGUUAAGGAAAUGCCGUUAUGGACGUUGUGAUACACUCUAUGUGAUUUAAGGGUAUAAUUUAUAAAUAAAUACUUUUGAUAUA